CAGUAUUCAGUUCUAACCUUCUAGGUUUAUGAGUAAUAGAAGUAAAAUAGUGAUUCAUAAGAAUCCGUUUGUAUUUUGGGUGUAACACCUUCGAACUGAAAUGUAACAAACCAUGUUUCAUAUAAUUUUAAGUUUAACUGUUUUUAUUGUACAUUUAACAAAUGCAGAUAUCUACGAUGAAUACGAAUGUUUUCUGCCACUCAUGCAACGUGCUGUUGUCACUGCGACUUCGUCAAUGAGAGAUCGAGAACCGAAGAAUGCAAUUUUGUAUGGGGACUCGGCAUGGAGCCCACAAGAGAGUAAUUAUUAUCAGUUUUUAAUAAUGGAGUUGGGAGGUCGCUUUGAAAUACGUUCGAUUGCAACACAGGGUCGCUCACAUCCCAGAGGGUACGUUACGGAGUAUAUUGUACAGACUUCUGAUGAUGGGGAAGGUUGGCGAAGCAUUACUGAUCCUUAUGGCGAGGCUGAGCUAUUUAAAGGCAACACAGAUGGCGAUUCUGUACACAAGAAUGAAUUUGAAGUGCCUAUUAUCGCCCAGUGGAUUAGAAUAAACCCGACUCGUUGGCGAGACCGCAUAUCGCUCAGAGUGGAGUUGUUUGGAUGUGAAUAUGAAUCUGAUGUUAUGUAUUUCAAUGGAACCUCAUUUAUUAUGUUAGAUCUGUUAAGAGAACCAAUUGCAGCGUAUAGAGAAAGUAUAAGGUUUAGAUUCAAGACAAAUACGGCAAAUGGUGUUGUGGUGUAUAGUAGAGGAACGCAAGGGGAUUAUCUUGCCGUACAAUUGCGAGAUAAUCGGAUGCUUUUAAAUAUUGACUUGGGUUCUGGUAUACUAACAAGUUUAUCGGUUGGUAGCUUACUAGACGAUAACAUUUGGCACGACGUUGUGAUAUCCAGAAAUCAUCGUGAUAUUCUUUUUUCGGUAGAUCGAGUUGUUGUGCAAGGUCGCAUUAAGGGGGAAUUUAGCAAGCUAAACUUAAAUAGAGGAUUUUACGUGGGUGGAGUGCCAAAUGUCCAAGAUGGUUUAGUUGUGACUCAAAAUUUUACAGGAUGCAUAGAAAAUAUUUACUUAAAUGCCACCAAUAUAUUGCGAGAUAUGAAAGAAGCAUACAGCGCAGAUCGUGCUCUACAUUAUUCUAGUGUGAACGCAAGAUAUGGUUGUAUGGAUGUUCCUCUUAUAUCGGUUACAUUUUUAACUCCCGAUUCAUUUGCUCGCUUAAAAGGAUAUGAAGGCGUCAGUUCCUUAAAUGCCUCUUUUGCAUUUAGAACUUAUGAAAGUACUGGAUUGAUGCUGUACCAUGCAUUUUCAUCAUCUGGACAUGUUGCAAUCUACAUGGAAAAUGGCAAAAUUAAAGUAGAACUCAUCACUCCAAAUAAUCCACAAAUUAACUUGGAUAAUUAUGAGGAAACAUUCAACGAUGGUAGAUGGCAUACAGUGGUACUAACAAUUGGAAUUAACACACUCACACUUAGUGUCGAUUAUCGCCCUAUGAAAACAACCCGUUUCUUAAAAAUGACCACAGGUGGAAUUUAUAUGAUAGCAGGAGGAGUAAGUGGUGCGAUCGGUUUGUUGGGGCAGAAAAUGCCAGGUUUCAUUGGGUGUAUGCGUACCAUUAGUAUUGAUGGAAACUAUAAAUUACCAACUGAUUGGACUUCAGAAGAGUACUGCUGUCAGGAUCAAGUGAUUUUUGAUUCAUGCCGAAUGGUAGACCGUUGUAAUCCAAAUCCCUGUGAGCACGGUGGUAUUUGUAAACAGACCUCGCAGGAAUUUAUGUGCGAUUGUGUUGGAACAGGUUAUGCAGGCUCAGUUUGUCAUACCUCGUUAAACGCAUUGUCUUGUCAAGCUUAUAAAAAUGUGCAGACAGUGGGUCAAAAGGCUGAAAUAAAAAUUGAUGUAGAUGGAAGUGGACCUUUAGCACCUUUUCCUGUAACAUGCGAAUUUCACGCAGAUGGGCGAAUUAUUACCGUCUUGCACCACAUAAAUCAACAAACGACAACUGUCGAUGGCUUUCCAGAACCGGGCAGUUUUAAACAGGAUAUAAUUUAUGAUGCUGAUGAUGACCAAAUAGAAGCGCUUCUUAAUAGAUCUGUUUCGUGCUCUCAACGUAUUCAAUAUUCGUGUCGUUCUUCGCGAUUACUUAACUCUCCUUCUAAUCUUGCCGAUUUUCAUCCAUUUUCUUGGUGGGUCUCGAGGCAUAAUCAAAAAAUGGAUUACUGGGGAGGUGCCUUGCCAGGAUCUAGAAAAUGUGAAUGCGGCAUCUUGGGUACCUGUAUUGACCCAACAAAAUGGUGCAAUUGUGAUGCAGGUUACGAAGUCUGGGCAGAGGAUGUAGGGGAUUUAACCGAUAAAGAAUUUUUGCCAGUAAAACAGCUACGAUUUGGUGACACCGGAAAUGCUUUAGAUGAAAAGGAAGGUAGAUAUACAUUGGGAUCUUUAAUGUGUGAAGGUGAUGAUCUAUUUAACAACGUCGUCACGUUCCGAGUAUCGGAUGGUACCAUUACCUUACCUACAUUUGAUAUGGGCCAUAGUGGCGAUAUUUACUUUGAAUUUAAAACCACUAUUGAUAGUGCAGUAAUUAUGCAUGCUCGCGGACCAUCCGACUACAUCAAGCUAAGCAUCGAAAGUGGAGAUAUGAUUCAGUUUCAGUAUGAAGCAGGAUCGGCACCUUUAAUUGUUAAUUAUAAAACAUCCUAUCGAUUGGCCGACAAUCGCUGGCACUCUGUAUCCGUGGAACGUAAUCGUAAAGGUGCCCGACUUGUAAUUGAUGGUGCAUUAAAAUCAGAAAUACGCGAAGACACCGGACCUGUACGUGCCCUUCAUUUAACUUCCAACUUAAUAAUUGGAGCAACGCUAGAUUACAAGCAUGGUUUUACAGGAUGUAUUAGAGCUUUACUGCUUAAUGGAAAGUUGGUCGAUUUACGUGGUUACGCACGUCGAGGGUUGUAUGGCGUGGGUGAAGGUUGCCAGGGACAGUGUGACAGUAAUCCUUGUCUCAAUAAUGGAACAUGCUGGGAAAGAUACGAUGGUUUUACUUGCGAUUGUCGGUGGACAGCAUUCAAAGGACCUAUUUGUGCAGAUGAAAUUGGUGUAAAUCUCAGACAAAAUUCCAUGGUCAAAUAUGAUUUUAUGGGUUCGUGGCGUUCUACGCUUUCGGAAAAAAUCAGAGUAGGAUUUACCACAACUAAUCCGAAGGGUUUCUUACUUGGAUUUUAUUCAAAUAUAUCAAAGGAGUAUAUGACCAUUAUGGUCUCAAACUCUGGACACUUACGUAUCGUAUUUGAUUUUGGUUUUGAAAGGCAAGAAGUAAUUUAUCCCAUCAAGCAUUUUGGUUUGGGACAAUUUCACGACUUAAGAGUGUCACGUAAAAAUGCUGGAGCAACAUUAGUUAUACAAGUCGAUAAUUAUGAACCAAAGGAGUACAACUUUAAUAUUAAAUCAUCAGCCGACGCCCAAUUUAAUAAUAUACAGUAUAUGUACAUUGGAAAAAAUGAGUCAAUGGCUCAAGGAUUUGUUGGUUGUAUUUCUCGAGUCGAAUUUGAUGAUAUUUAUCCUUUAAAGUUAUUGUUCCAACAGAAUGGGCCACCUAAUGUGCGUUCUAUAGGAGAACCUUUGAGUGAAGAUUUUUGUGGUGUGGAGCCAAUAACUCAUCCUCCACUUCCUGCAGAAACAAGAGCACCCCCCAUCGUUGAUGAAGAUAAAUUAAAGAAAGCUUAUAAUCAAACUGAUUCAGCUAUACUUGGAAGUAUUCUGGCAAUUAUAUUUAUUGCAUUAGUGAUACUAGCUGUUCUCAUUGGAAGGUACUUGCAUAGACACAAAGGUGAAUAUUUAACACAAGAGGAUGCUGGCGCAGAAAGUGCAAUUGAUCCUGAUUCAGCAGUAAUCCAAGGAACUACAGGCCAUCAAGUCCAGAAAAAGAAAGAGUGGUUCAUAUAGUAUACAUAUUACACAUAUUUUCAUUUGCGGGCCUAAUAGUACAAUAUUGAUGAAACUUGUCAAUGUUAAUCUGAGCCAGUUACACUGCCGCUUGCCUAGAAAUAUCGAAAUGACAACACAUUAUUUUCUCAUUGUAUAAGGUGUAGUGAUAACUGUUAAGUAUUAUUUUAUCCGUCCAUUUCUUUUAUACAUUUUGUUAAUUUUGUAGUAUUUUUGUUUUAUAAAAUUUAUUUGAAAUACAUAUUUGUCAUAUUUAUUGUAAAUAUCAACCGAUAUUAAAAAAGAGCUGUACAAAUUUGAUAUUUCAAUAACUAUUAAAUGCACCAUGUGCCUUUUUG